AGAGAGAAGGAGAACAGAGUGAGGGUUGUUUCAACAACUUUGCGGUGGACGAGCGCCGGAGCAGGGAUUUCGGGUUUCCGAGCUGGCUCAGGGCUGUCUAAUUAUGUCGGGGCUCUGCAGGGACACGCAGGAGGCGAGGUGCCGCUUGUUCUGACAACCCAGCGGGCAGACUGGCAGCAGCGGCAGCCUUGCCGCGCUGGGAGAAAGCGAGCCCUGUCAUCCGGGGCGGAGGGGGGGGGCGUCGGGCGGGGGUGGCCCAGCCAGUCGGACGGGUUUGCGCCGGGAUCCCGGAGCCGGUGCCAGCGGCGCCCGGGCUGGGCCGCCUAGCGUCUCUGCGCGCCCCGGACUGCGUCCCGGCUUCCCCUUCCCGAGCCCCUGCCCGGGAGAGCUGAGGGCGGGGCGGCAGCUGCUGCAGAGCGAACGGCCCGGGCUGUCCGAGGGAAGCUUGAGCGGCGGCCGAGGCGAGGGCCGGUGGAGCGGGCAGGCGGGCCGGUCCCGGGCAGGGCGCCGGGCCAUGGAGGAGCGGCGCAGCAGCGGGCAGCUGAAUCCCGAGUCCCAGGCCCGGCUGCGGAGCCGAGGAGCCCGCGGCCGGAGAGGGCCGGGGAGCACCUCCCGCGCUGAAAGCCCGAUGCAUGCCCGGACGCGGUCCCCAGCAGCUCCUGCCCGCGACGCGCGGCCCCCACGGUAUCCCGAGGACCGCCACGACGGCACCAGCAACGGGACGGCGCGGUUGCCCCAGCUGGGCACUGUAGGUCAAUCUCCCUACACGAGCGCCCCGCCGCUGUCCCACACCCCCAAUGCCGACUUCCAGCCCCCCUACUUCCCCCCGCCCUACCAGCCCAUCUACCCCCAGUCGCAAGAUCCUUACUCCCACGUCAACGACCCCUACAGCCUGAACCCCCUGCACGCCCAGCCGCAGCCGCAGCACCCGGGCUGGCCCGGCCAGAGGCAGAGCCAGGAGUCUGGGCUCCUGCACACGCACCGGGGGCUGCCCCACCAGCUUUCGGGCCUCGAUCCUCGCAGGGACUACCGGCGGCACGAAGACCUCCUGCACGGCCCACACGGGCUUAGCUCAGGACUCGGAGACCUCCCGAUCCACUCCUUACCUCACGCCAUCGAGGACGUCCCGCAUGUAGAAGACCCGGGUAUUAACAUCCCAGAUCAAACUGUAAUUAAGAAAGGCCCCGUGUCCCUGUCCAAGUCCAACAGCAACGCCGUCUCCGCCAUCCCCAUAAACAAGGACAACCUCUUCGGCGGCGUCGUGAACCCCAACGAAGUCUUCUGUUCAGUUCCGGGUCGUCUCUCGCUCCUCAGCUCCACCUCGAAGUACAAGGUCACGGUGGCGGAAGUACAGCGGCGCCUCUCACCACCGGAGUGUCUCAACGCUUCGUUGCUGGGCGGAGUGCUGCGGAGGGCGAAGUCUAAAAAUGGAGGAAGAUCUUUAAGAGAAAAACUGGACAAAAUAGGAUUAAAUCUGCCAGCAGGGAGACGUAAAGCUGCCAAUGUCACCCUGCUCACGUCACUAGUGGAGGGAGAAGCGGUCCACCUAGCCAGGGACUUCGGGUACGUGUGCGAAACCGAAUUUCCUGCCAAAGCAGUAGCUGAAUUUCUCAACCGACAACAUUCCGAUCCCAAUGAGCAAGUGACAAGAAAAAACAUGCUCCUGGCUACAAAACAGAUAUGCAAAGAGUUCACUGACCUGCUGGCUCAGGACCGAUCUCCCCUGGGGAACUCGAGGCCCAACCCCAUCCUGGAGCCCGGCAUCCAGAGCUGCUUGACCCACUUCAACCUCAUCUCCCACGGCUUCGGCAGCCCAGCGGUGUGCGCCGCCGUCACGGCCCUGCAGAACUAUCUCACGGAGGCCCUCAAGGCCAUGGACAAAAUGUACCUCAGCAACAACCCCAACAGCCACACGGACAACAGCGCCAAAAGCAGUGACAAAGAGGAGAAACACAGAAAGUGAGGCUGUCCUCCCGCCCUGCCUCCCCUCCUCACCAGCCCAGUCUCCACCCCACCCCCCACCGCGGGCAGGUGACAGCUCCGGGACCAGCACACCCCCAACUGCUGCUACUGCUGCCGCUGCUGCUGCCGCCGCCACCGCCGCCGCCGCCGCCACCUUCAGUCCCCAGGCGUCUGGGGGACUCUCUACCGCCAGCGGGACAGCCCGUGCUGAUCCAGCCCCCUGCCUCGACGUCCGCCGUAGGCACCAACUCCCCUUUGCCCUCCUGUGGAGCCUAAGAGAACAGAACAGGCCAUGAAGCCAGCAAAGAAAAGUUCUGUCCAAGUUUGUGAACCUUUUUUUUUUAAAAAAAACAAAAACAAAAACAAAAACAAAAAAAAAAACACACAAAAACCGACAACUCAACAACGACCACCACCACAAAAAAGUUAAACUUUUUUUCUAAAAAAAAAAAAAUAAAAAAUAACAUAAAAAUUAAAAAAAAUUAUAUGAGCUUCAUGGGACUGGAUCACCACCUUCCCUUACAUACGUCAGUUCAGAUGGUAGCCAUACUUAAAAAAAAGGCAAAAAGGAAAAUGACAUUUUUAUCAGUAUUGUGAAUAAACUUGAACGCAAAUACACGAAGUUCCAUGUCAUGUCUUCAGUUGUAGGAGUUUUUCCUCUUCAAGGUAAAGCGACCAACUUGAACUUUCUCUGACAACACGAUUCACAGUUAUAUAAGGGAAUCAGUGUUCACGUCUCUGUAUAUAUUUAUUUAUGUGUAAUUUAAUGGGAAUUGUAAAUAUGGUGAGUCUGUUUUAAGCCUCUUUUUUUUUUUUUAUUUAUCUGGUGAUCUCGUUUACCUCUUGUUUAGUGGGUUUUGAAUCUUCCCUAUUAGUUCUUCAUGUGGUUCAUGGUACUUAUUUAGAACUAAAUUCAAGGUUUGGGGAAUUUUUUUCCCCCUCUGGGAUUCAUGAAUUUAGCCCUGUUGUAGCAUGUUAAAGACGACAAUGAAACAGCUGAACGGAUUAAAAAAAAAAGUAAAAUAAAAUUUUACAUAUAAUUAGUAUUGCAUUUAGCUUUUCAUUGAACUGAAAGAAAAAAGUGAUAUUGGACCCUGGAAAGAUUUUUAAACUUGAGUGGUUUGAUAACCCUUCUAUGUAUUGUGGGGAGAAAAGUUUAUUUUAUUCCACUGUCCUCCCUUGAAAGCAUCAUUUGAGCAAUAAAUGAGUAUUGUCUUUAAACCAAGGGUAAGGGAUUCCACCCCCCCCCCAUUUCUCUCUCUCUCUUGCUCUCUCUUUUUGUUCAAAGAACUUCAAACAUUUGGGACCACCUGGUAUUCUGUAUUUUCACUGGCCAUUUUGGAAGCAGUUCUAGUUGUAUUGUAUUGAGUUGUGCUGGCGUAGUUUCCAUGCCUGUCAAUGUAUCAUAGUCCUUUGUUGCCCAGAUAAAUAAAUAUUUGAUACGCUUUAUGUCGA